UAUGUCAUAUAUGGGUUCGAGAGAUUAUUUAUAAGCAUGAGAAAACUACGAGAAAUUGCUCUAAAACUAUUUGAAGAGGUCGAACGUGAAAAGCACGAAGAGCGAGAAAACAAUCAGGUGCCCAGCGAUGAAUUACUAUCUGCGUUACGGCUUGUAUUCCCACAGACAUUGCUGCAAGCUUUGGAUUUGAUUGAUCGUCAGUUGGUAACGAGAGUACUUUCUCCUCAAGGCCGAGAAGCAUUCCAAGUUAAAGGCUUGUCUGGACGAAUUUACUUGUGUCUAAUGUCCUCAGAAUAUUGCACAUGCCCAUCAUAUACUUACUAUGUCUUGAUGAAAGAAGAGAUGCUAAUGUGUAAGCAUGUGUUGGCUGUACAUCUUUCUCUUAAACUUGGAACCUCAAUUGUGAAAAAUGUGAGCAAGGAGGACUUUGCCAAUAUCUUAAUGGAAAGUCCCUCAUGAAAUAUUGAUUAACAUUAAGUAAGUAUUGGCAAGAUAUGAUCAUUUGUAUUCAUUGAGAAAGGCCAUUUUUUGGAAGAUAAAUAUUUAUUUAUGUUGCAGUAAUAUGAUAUUAAUACUAUUUUUACAGUCAA